AUGUCAAAGGCUCCGAUAUCUGAGCGCCUGAGACUGGCUUCGUUUCUCCUGCGGCUUCACCCUCAUUUUCCUGGUUGGAGAGUCUUAUCGUGGGAUGUCAUCAUCGAAACGCUUACAGAAUACGACUCUGAUGUAGGCAAUGUCAUUCAUCUCGUCUCCGACCAAAUGGCGCACCUUCGGGUUGCCAUCAUCGUUCUGGGUUUACAGAUGAUCGCCGACGGGGUUGAAAUCGACACGUUUUCUCUGCUAAAACUGAAAGUCGAACUCGUUCGGGUCAUCGGGUUUACUGACAUUUCAGUAUUACCACUCGAAGACGCUCAUUCGAUUCGAUUGCAAUUUGGCGACGUCUCAGAGAUCCCAGAGCUUGCUUUCCCCUGCAUCGAAGGACUAGUAUCUGUCCUCGACGCCACCCACCUACUCACUCUUCCCUCUUCGACCUUCGGCACCAUCGGUGAACAGUCCAGGUUCCUUGUGGGGUCCAUCUUUUUAGACGUAUCUCUCAGCAUCGUCGCAACAGCAAAGGACCUGACGGUUUUCCCAGUCUUGACGCUGAAAAGUCUUCUCGAAUCUGUCUAUAUUAUCAUUCACAAGCAUGAUUUCGAAAGCAAACAUUUAGGGCCUCAGCAGGCUAUUUUGCGACGAGCUGUGUUACGAACUGUCGAAAUGUUAUCGAAAGACAUUAGCUAUGACGUUCGCCACGUCGCUCUCUCUGUGUGCCAGGCUUUCAUCAAACAAUGCCAGAAUUUCAUGGGAUCUGUGGUCUACACAAUUUUCGAACACGUAACACAACUUGUCGACUCUCAGAGCAUCCAAAAUCAAGACGCUCUCGCUGCUCAGGGCAAGCUCCUCAUCGGGACCACACUCCAGUCCUUUUGCAAUGACGGCCUGUUCAUCAAUCUUUUGAAGCGCCCGCUGCCACACAAGUUCUUCGCAGUUCUUAAACAGAUCUUUGAAUCGUGGAGAACCGACCAAGCGUAUGUCAAUGAGAGCCUGGGCGAGGACUUACUACGUGACACCCUCAAUCGAACUGUUGACGCCGACCCUGCUGGCUUCCAGAUCCUUCUGAAUAACCUUUUUUCUUACCUUGAUAUUGUUUACCGACCUCCGUCCAAUAUCGAUGUUACAUUCAUUGGGCAACACAUCAUACAGCUUGUUCGUCGUAUGUGCGACGGAUCGCUGGAAGAGGCGGACCCUUCCCCUCUCGUCAGUAUUUUGGCUCUCCUUAUUCAGAUUCUCAGGACCGCAUUGAACAGGCUCUAUGUGGACACUGCCUGCCUCGCCCUCUUGAGCCACGCCUCUGCAUGCCAUCAUCAUCCAGGUCUGGUCCAAGGUUCUACAUCUUCAGUUGUUCCAGUCGUGAACGUUCUUUUCGAAAUCCUCCUUGAUGGUUUGCGGCUCAAGGCCAGAAUUCUUCCUGUGACACUGAAAUCUAUCAUCGGGAGCUUGACAAAACUAGAACACCCGGUCUUCCCGCCGUCGCCUGCUGAACAGCCCAAACUUUUUGCAAAUCUAAUUGAUGGAGCCUGCCACUUCCUUGAACAUCACCUGUGGCUUGACGAAUAUACGGAGAAUGACUGCAUGGUAUCUGUCGAUGUCGCAAGAUUACUUUUGCAAGCCGCCAGCGAAGACCACAGCAUCAUGCAGAGGUUCUCUGGCCACGGCAGUGAGAAGUAUUCGCGACAAAUUUUCGGUGUCCGUUCUUGGAGCAUGCUCAUCCUCGCAGUUUUACUUAACCCCAGAGAUGACUGGCCAGCAAUGUUGUUUUCGCAAUUCAGCAGUUUCACCCAAGUUUAUGUUCUGACCUUGCGGGUGUAUCUGCAGUCUGGGUUUGGUUCCCCUGAAUCCGCAACGACUGAUAUCAACCAUGCAUAUGUUGCCAUAAAGCUGUGGCUGAUGCUCGCACAGCGAGUGUCUUCGUUCUCAGAGGACAGCGAGGUAUCGAUAUUUAGGGUCUGGAAUGAGCUAUGGCCGCCUUUCGAAGAUGUUUUUAGCGCACUCGAGAUUGAGGCCCAAGCUAAUUUAUCAACGGCAUCGCUCACGCUGGAAGCUACAGCCCAUCUUACAAUACUGAAUCGUCUCCGGGGUCUCAACCGUGGCGAAGGUUCAUAUGGCAAAGCCAUUCGUGCGCUUCGAGGUACAUCUGAGGGCCACUUGGAGGUCUCUCCGGACGUCCUUUUGCAACAAUGCAUAAAAGACAUUGUCGCGACUGAGAAACUACGCGUUGUGGACGUGAAACGGGAACCUGGCAAACCAGGGGUUGAGCGGCGGAAAGACUUGCGAUUCCAGUAG